GGAAAGGAGGGAGCACCUCAGUCAGCUCCCGGAUGUCCCAGGGAAAGAGGAGAUGGCCACGGAGGAGGCAGGUUUGUGAGGAUGAGGGGGGGAUGAUCCAUCCAAGAGCAUGUUUACAUACAGCCUCAUUUAAUUCCCACAUGUUAUUUUAUUAUUGAUUUAUAAGUGAGGAAAAUGCGGCUCAAAUAGGCUAAUUUGCUAGUUAGUCCCAGAGCUGGAACUUGAACUUGGGUCUCUCACUCUUCCAAACCAGGGUGCUUUCCACUGCAACAGGGCUCUUCAGCUUGUAUAGGAGUCUUUGUAUUUCCCAAAGAGCCUAAUAAUGCUAGGUUCACUCAGUAGACACCCAAUAAAUUGUUGCUGUCUGGACAACAGACAGGAAAAAAAAAAGAAAGAAAACCUUGAAGAGCUUCAGGACAACGAGGAGAUGGGGCGGCGCUGGAUCUCUUUUCGUUCAGGCAAAAGCUUCUGACCCUGGGGCUACAGACGGGAAACGAAAGUGAAGAAGAGGGGAAAAAAAACUACAAUUCCCAAAAGACCAUAAAGCGUCCACCUUACGCAUGCGUAGACCCCGCCCUAAUUCUGUGGCUUCCCGGCAGCUCUUUUCGCGCACGCGCUCUCCGAUCAGUUUUCUUCCAACCUUUAGUUUUCUCCGGCCGGAGUUGGUGCCUGGACCUCCUGCGACCUUCAUCUCCGGUUGCGAUGUUGCCCUUCUCUUUGCUCUGGACGACUCGGCCUCUGUGGAGAUGUGGUCGGCUGGUCAGGAUGGCCAUACGGUGCCAGCACAGCGAGGCAGCCCAGACCCAGACUGGAGAAGCAACCAAGGGCUGGUCAGGCCAGGAGAGUCUAUCGGACAGUGACCCUGAGAUGUGGGAGCUGCUACGGAGAGAGAAGUACAGGCAGUGUCGUGGCCUGGAGCUCAUUGCUUCAGAGAACUUCUGCAGCCGAGCUGCGCUGGAGGCCCUGGGGUCCUGUCUGAACAACAAGUACUCGGAGGGUUAUCCUGGCAAGAGGUACUAUGGAGGAGCAGAGGUAGUGGAUGAAAUCGAGCUGCUGUGUCAGCGCCGGGCCUUGGAGGCCUUUGACCUGGAUCCUGCUCAGUGGGGAGUCAAUGUCCAGCCCUACUCGGGGUCCCCAGCCAACCUGGCUGCCUACACAGCCCUUCUGCAGCCUCAUGACCGAAUCAUGGGGCUGGACCUGCCCGAUGGGGGCCAUCUCACCCACGGCUACAUGUCUGAUGUCAAGCGGAUCUCAGCUACGUCCAUCUUCUUCGAGUCUAUGCCCUAUAAGCUGAAUCCCAAAACCGGCCUCAUUGACUAUGACCAGCUGGCACUCACUGCUCGGCUCUUCCGACCUCGACUCAUCAUAGCUGGUACCAGUGCCUAUGCUCGCCUCAUCGACUACGCCCGCAUGAGAGAGGUGUGUGAUGAGGUCAAGGCACACCUGCUGGCGGACAUGGCCCACAUCAGUGGCCUGGUGGCUGCCAAGGUGAUCCCCUCACCUUUCAAGCAUGCGGAUGUUGUCACCACCACCGCUCACAAGACCCUUCGAGGGGCCAGGUCAGGACUCAUCUUCUACCGGAAGGGGGUGCGGGCUGUGGACCCCAAGACGGGCCGGGAGAUCCCUUACACGUUUGAGGACCGAAUCAACUUUGCUGUGUUCCCGUCCCUGCAGGGGGGCCCCCACAACCACGCCAUUGCUGCGGUGGCUGUAGCCCUAAAGCAGGCCUGCACCCCCAUGUUCCGGGAGUACUCCCUGCAGAUUCUGAAGAACGCUCGGGCCAUGGCUGAUGCCCUGCUAGAGCGAGGCUACUCUCUGGUGUCUGGUGGCACUGACAACCACCUAGUGCUGGUAGACCUGCGGCCCAAGGGCCUGGAUGGAGCUCGAGCUGAACGGGUGUUGGAACUCGUAUCCAUCACGGCCAACAAGAACACCUGUCCUGGAGAUCGAAGUGCCAUCACACCUGGGGGCCUGCGGCUGGGGGCCCCAGCCUUGACUUCUCGACAGUUCCGUGAGGAUGACUUCCGGAAAGUUGUGGGCUUUAUAGAUGAAGGUGUCAACAUCGGCUUGGAGGUGAAGAGCAAGACCACCAAACUCCAGGAUUUCAAAUCCUUCCUGCUCAAAGACCCAGAAACAAGUCAUCAGCUGGCUGACCUCAGGCAACGGGUGGAGCAGUUUGCCAAGGCCUUCCCCAUGCCUGGUUUUGAUGAGCACUGAAGGCACCUAAGAGAUGAAGUGCACAGACUGACGUUCAUUCCUCUUCCCCCUCCCUACCUGGACAAGUUAGGGGUGGGGGUAAACUGCCUAUCUUCCAAUUUUUUGCUGGAGGAGGGGAAGGCCGCCCACUUAGGGGAAAAGGUGGGUAUAGUUCCCCUUCCCAGGAUUUGUAGCUGAGGAGGUUUCUUCUUGUAACAAGACUUAGAAGGAAGAGGCUUGGGGCUUUCUGCCCUAACCUCUCUCAUUAUCUCAGUGUUAUAGACUCCCUGCCCUCUCUUGGGGAGGGGGGAGUUCCCCUUGUGAGCCAGAGGAAGGAGUGGGUAGGUACCCUUCUUUCAUUUUUAUCUAAUAAAAUGCUGACCUGCCCUGAGCUUCUGUUACUGUGGGAGGGGUCCCCUGGGCCAGGUGGUGAUUUGUCUCCCUCAGCAUGUCCCUCCCUUCCCUCC